AGUUGAUACUGGUACGGGAGUGUGAGAAGGUUCUGGAAUGCAUGGAAAAAGACGAUAAUGGGGCCUACAAAACUUGUAGAGAAAUUCUGGGGGAAGGGAGGUAGUGUUAUUAUUUCAAAGUCCUUGCGUCUGUCAUCUUUAAUCUGGGAAUGGAAUCUUGACUCGUGACUCAACGCGGUCUGAGCAGCACUGGUGCAGCCCCCCUCUAUAUAAAUGUGCUUCAUCUGCUCCUCUGGUGCCACAGCAGCUCACACCAGGUAAGCCACUUUCUAUAUCUAAAAAAACCCUGUGCUCUCGGUCUCUCUUCAAUUUAAAGCUUCAUCUCCAUUUACGAUUCCUGUUUUAGGAAGAGGAAUGAAAGGAUUGCUUCUAACGUGCAUGAAUAUUUAGCGGAAAAAGAUGACAAGCAAGGCAACAUGUUUAGCAUCUGACGUUGGAGAUAGAUUUAGUCCGAAUAAUGAAGAAAUAAUAAAUCAUUUUCUAAGGCACAAGUUACUUGGAAAUGAUCACCUAGUCAGCAAAAUCCCCCAGCUUGAUAUCUACCAGUUUGAUCCUUGGGAUUUACCCUGGAUAAAUUCAAAAGAUCGAGAAGGGUAUUUCUUUUCUCCUCUCCAUGCUAAGAACUCCUACACAAAUAACGGGAGAAUCAAUAGGUCAACAAAUACAGGUUCAUGGCAAGCUAAAGGAAGGGAUUGUAAAGUAACAUCUGAACUUAAUGGGGAAGUAAUUGGUAUAAAAAAGAUUUUUGUUCAUUCCUGUAUCAAGGAUGGAAUCAAGUAUGUGAUGCACGAGUUCAGUGCAAGUUUCAAUUUACCUAAUUGCCGGGACCUGAGGGCUCUGGUUCUCUGUAAAGUAAUGAUGAAGACGCUAGACAAGAAGACUGAAGGAUCAUAUAUGAAGGUUAAAGAGACAGAGGAGGAGGCUAGUAGUCCUCCAGCAUCUGAUGAAGAUCAGCAGACUGACAAUUUAAUCUGUGAUGAUGGUGGAACAAAUUGCUUAGCAGCUUCUGCUUCUGCGAACCAUGCUGUAGAAUUUACAAUUCCAGAAGAGGUGGACCUUGAAAUACCACCACAUCUGCAAUUGUUCCCCGGUUAUGAUCAGCAGGAUUAUAACCAUGGAUUCAUAUUUUAUGACCAGCCACUGAUUCUUACAGGGCAACUACACGCUGACAAUGGCCCAGGAACUUCCAGUACUGAGGAAGAUAUGUUCAACGGGUUCGGAUCUCUCUGGGAUUGACCAGUCCGUGUAAAUAGUUUCUUAUCAUUGCUCUGUACUGAUAGGAAACAUAAGCUAGAAACUAGAAAGUACGAAACAAACUACCUUUUCCCCCGAGUUGAUUUGAUCACUGGGAGUAAUAUUUACACUAACAAUCAGCAACUGUUUAUGCAACUCUCAUGACUCUGUAAUUUUUAUCUCUAGCUGUCUGUAAUGUUUAAUCCUAUGGAUUUCUGCAAGGAUGUUGCACCUCUGUAUUAUGAUUUCUGAGUUUUAAGGACUGAAAGUGUUCAGGUA